AUGGCCACGAGCAGUUAUAUGCCAACAGUGGUGAUUGUCCCUGGAGCUUGGCACAAAGAUAUUCACGUUCGAUCGUUCAUGGAGGCAUUGGAAGAACGUCGCUACAAGACACGAUGCGUUGUACUGGCUACCGUUGACACGCAAGGACCACGACCGACGUGGGACGACGAGGUGAAUCGAAUUGUUUUCGCAGUACGAGAGGAGUUGGAUACGGGCCAGGAUGUUGCUCUUCUCCUUCAUAGCUACGCCGGCCUUCCAGGCACCGAGGCAGUCAAUCGUCUGGUCCAGGCGGGUACUCUCGAGUCAAGAUCUGGACAAGGUCGCCUGCAGAAUCUACUCUUCUUCGCAGCCCACCACUUUCCAAAAGGAUUCGUUGUAGAUACGAAAGAUUUCGUAGGGCCUGCAAAAUCAAGCUUUCACAUUAAUGAGUCCACAAAUAUGGCAAUCCACAACACGCCGUACGAAGAGUUCUUCACAGACAUUGCGACCAGGGAGGAAGCUCAGCCCUAUAUUGAUGAGAUGACAUUUGAAAGCCCUUAUCAAGGCCAUUCCAACGAUCUACAAAGCAGGCUACUGCCCCUAGAAUUGAGGGAGUUCUACCUCAUUCAAUUUGGACAGCUUGAAGUUCUCUUCACCCUGUUUCUUCAGCUCCAAAAGCCGCGGAGGUGCCUAGCUACAUUAGGCAACGCCUAG